AUGGAUGAAACCGGUAUUUUGAACGAAGGGGAGAUAUUCUGUCCCGUUCUCAGUGAACGUUUCUACCGAGAGAUCCUCGUCCGAAAGAACGUGGUCGUCACACGUUCGCCGGCUUUUCAUCCCGGCGACGUGCAGUUAGUAAAUGCUAUCGAUGUUCCCGAGGAUUCUCCCCUUCGCAAAUUACACAAUUGUGUCGUCUUUAGCCAGAAAGGCAACAGAGAUCUCCCGAGUAAGCUGAGCGGUGGUGACUUGGACGGCGAUCUCUUCAACAUCAUCUAUGAUGACCGACUGAAGCCGCAGAAGAUUGCAGAACCUGCGGAUUAUCCCAGAGCCGUUGACUUUUCAAAGACGGGCAAACCUGUGGAUGUUUCUCGAAUACCUAAGUAUCCGCCUUACCGACCCGACUUCAUGGCUCCAGGUCCCCGUGUCCAUAUUGCGGAGAGUAUCGAGCUUCUUUCGUCUGAGAGAGAGCACAUAUAUGGCGAGGAAGACGAUAACGAUGAUGACGACGAUGGCGGCCGACGACUUAUCCGCUACUACAAAAGUAAGCGUGUCUUAGGCCAGCUUUACAGAGCAAUAGACGAGAAGGAAUUUCUCCAAGACCUGCAAACUUUGCCGAAAGAGCGGCCGGUAAACCUUCUCACAGCUCUAUGGCAGUACGUUGAGCAUGAAACUGCAGGCUUCAUUUGGACACAUUGCAUAGCCACUGCGAGAGAGAUCAAAGAGAUCUACGAGGACGAUCUACAAGAUCUGAUGUACCAGUACUCCGACACGUCGUGGAAGACAUCUCUCACCGAAAUCGAAGUUUUCAUCGGAAACAUCAUGGGCGAAAGUCACAAACAGACCAAACGGCAGAAGGAAGCGUCGAAAAGCAUGAGAGAAGACUAUGACCGUCUGGUGGACUGGACAAUAUCGAUGAUUCUCGGUCAGGACUCAGAUAGUGAGGACCAGGCUCUCGAACGUUCAAUCGCAUGUUUCUGGGUUGCGUUGGAUGAUGCCACGGCCCGGUACAAGAGCUCCAAGAAGAAGAGGCUUCGGAGCUUUGCUUGGAUCGCGGCGGUUUACUCCGCAGUAUGUAAAACAGCAAUGCAAACAAGACAAACCUCUCCGAUGCCGUGGCAUCAAGCUUAUGCUGCUAAGCUAGUCCUCUUCUACUUCGCCGAAUCGCCCUUCUUUGACCCGACCUCGAACAACGCCUCCCUGGCCAUCCAAGCCAGCUACAAUGAAUCCUUUCGCCAUUUCGUCGAGACGCGCGAAGCGUUCGAGGGCAGGUUGAAGACGAUGCAGGGACUGGAGUUCAUGGUCACGUACGAUCCGCUGCAGGCUGCUGCGCAGUCGGAGACCACGUUUGCGCACGAGCCGUCGAAUAUCUGGGUGAUUCGGAAGCAAUUGAGGCAGAAGCGGCCCGGGAUGGAGGACGAUGUUGUGGUUCUGUCGACGUACUACGUCGUGGGGGAUUGUAUUUACAUGGCGCCAUCUAUUGCUAGUGUUGUGGGGAACAGACUUCUCUCGGCCGUGACGUCUCUGACCAAGCUCCUCAACACCGCCUCUCCACUCCCGAUCUUCACGCCGGCUUACGGACAUACCUACAUGCCUCCUGGUCCCAAGCAGCUCACCGAUACCUCUCAGCAGACGACGGCAGCAGCGGCACAAUCUCAGCAGAGCAAAGAGGGCACUCCUGUGCCAGAUGGUCAGGCACCGACCAAGGCUCCGCUCGCAGGAGCGAACGUGAGUAGCAGUGCGUUCCAGGAUACGCGAAGCCUUAUGGAAGCAUUAACUCUGCUGUCCAAAUACGGUGACGAGUACAUGGACGAAAAUCCGCUCGUUGGCGAGCCCGGGUCAUUUAUCUUAACCAAGUGA